AUGUCUCUCGACAAGGGUGUUUUCCCCUCUCGACAACCUUUACGGCCAUCGCCACAUACACACUGUAUACGUCGCGAUUCUGCCGUGGUGUACCUAAGUAGUGCUGGUUGUACGAAUGAUCACCGGACCAAACUCGCGCCGCGUUCCCGCACAGGUCGUGCAAGUACAGGAACUCGCGGACGGUGGGGUCUCGUCAGCAACGGGACACGGGAACGAUCCCACCUACAAACUUCCUUCCCGGAGUCUCUGUACCUUUAA